AUGCCUAUCCAAGCUGCCCCCGGAACCGUGGGCAACCUCACCCCAGAGCAGGAAGUCAAACUUCAGGAGUUUUGGGUCCUGCUGCUGAAGGUAUGCGGCGUUAACGUGGAGGGAAUUGAAACGAAUGGCGAUGUCGCCGCGCCCCCAAGCCCGUCGUCCCAGAAGAAAGCGGCACCAAAGCGGAGGUUCACCUUCUUUGGUGGAAAGAGCAAUGACGAGGAGGAGGACACCCCAACGAACGGUGUUACAAAUAGCAUUGCUUCCAUCAACAUCACCGAUGGAGAUGACAAGUAUGGACAGUCCAAAGAAUUCCAGCAAGCAAUUACCGACAUGAAGCCUGAGGAGAUUCGGGUUACACUGUGGAACAUGUGGGAUAUCAAGAAAGCACUCAUCAUGCUGGUCUCCACAAUCAGGUGGAGAUUGCAGGAUGUGAAGGUCGACGAUGAUAUUGUUAAGAAUGGCGAACUGGCUGCCCUACAGCAAUCGAAGAGCUCUGACCCUGAAGAGAAGAGAAAGGGCGAAGAGUUCCUGGAGCAGAUGCGCAUGGGCAAGGGCUACAUCCACGGUGUUGACAAAGAUGGACGGCCUAUCUGCGUUAUCAGAGUGCGCUUGCACAAGCAGGCCGAUCAGGGCACGGAUACCUUGGAUCGGUUUACUGUGUACACUAUUGAAUCUGCCCGGAUGAUGCUCUCGCCUCCAGUUGAAACAGCCUGUGUUGUCUUCGACAUGACCAACUUCUCUUUAGCAAACAUGGACUAUCAUCCAGUUAAAUUUAUGAUCAAGUGCUUCGAAGCUAAUUAUCCCGAAUGCCUUGGAGUUGUGCUUAUCCACAAAGCCCCUUGGAUCUUCUCCGGAAUUUGGAAUAUCAUCAAGGGCUGGCUUGAUCCCGUGGUUGCAUCCAAGAUCAACUUCACCAAGAAUAUCUCUGACCUUGAGAAAUUCAUCCCCAAGGAUCGCAUUUAUAAGGAGCUUGAGGGCGAUGAGGACUGGGAAUACAGCUAUGUCGAGCCCAAGGCUGAUGAAAAUAAAACGAUGGAAGAUACAGCCAAGCGGGAUGAGUUGAUCAAGGAAAGACAACAGCUUGCUCAAGACCUCCAAGAUACCACGAUUGAGUGGAUCACGGUCAGCAGGAAGAAGGACGAGGCGGCCACCAAGGCAGUGGUGGAGAAGAGAGAGGCGCUCAUUGAGCGAUUGAGGGUCCAAUACUGGCAGCUCGACCCGUACAUUCGCGCUACCUCGCUGUACGACAGACUGAACGUUCUCCAGGGCGGAGGAAAGAUUGAUUUCUAUCCGGCUGAAGCCAAAGCGAACGGAACUACUACGAACGGUGCCACGAAUGGCACCUCCCACUAGAUCGGGGUUUCCAGGUGUUUAGAUUUCAUUGAUAGAAGGCCAUUUAGGUAUUCGGAUCAUGCAUGUUUCU